GUUCUGGCGAGGGACCUGCUCGACUCCGCCCGGGCGGGUGCGCCGCUGGCUGCCGCGGCCGGCGUGGACCUCUCCAGGGUGCUGUGGGCGCUGGGCGCCCUGCAGUUGGACCACCCCGUCUUCGAGCGCGUCCCAUCAUCCGUGGACGUGUCCCGGGCAAGCACCCAGUGCCUCGCGAACAUCCUCUGGGCCGCCGCCAAGGUCGGCCGCGCCGCGCCUCGCGCGCUGCACGCGGAGCUGCGGCGGCGCGGCCCGCUGCCAGCGGCCGAGCUCUCGGCCUCGCUCUGGGCCCUGGCUGCGCUGCGCGAC